AUGGCAAUUAUGAAUCUUGUGUUUCUGGGACUUCCUUCCCUCGUAUGGGGCAUGAACUCACUGCUUGGCUCCAUGCCGCUGCCAAUGGAAAGCCUCUGCGUGGUUUGGACGGUGGUUGAACGGCCGAUAUAUAUCAACACCUGCUUCGCCUCCAGCACUGUUGUGAUCAUCGAAGGUUAUACGACUACUAUUCCUAAUCCAACGUGUAUCCAUACUACUAUCACCGCUUCGCAAACGAUGAACCCUCCACCUUCGACCCCGGCUAUGGAGGCCGUUGAGUAUACAACCUUCACAACAGAUAUCUACACUACAGUGUGCCCAUCGCCGACAAUUUUCACUUAUGGUACUCGCACAUAUACAGUCACCGAAGCUACGACAAUUACGAUUACAGGGAAGUGA